AUGGCGGUGCAAAAACUUGCUAAUGGUUGGCGCGCCCGCCGUAAGAAGGACGGCAAGACGUUGAACGGACCGCUGCGCGCGACUGAAGUGGCCGCAAACGAAGAUGCGCGGCAAAUGGAGGAAGCAGCAGCCGUCUCCAGUGAACGCUUGCAAGAAGUUUUUGAUAGACUAUUGGGCUCGCUUUCUGCCCCGGACACGACCGCUGGACCGUCCGUGACCCAACAUGGUUCCAAUUGGCGUGCUCGUGUGAAAGUCGGCCGAGCAACUGUCAAUGGUCCGACACGGCAGGCCAAAGCAGCUGCCGAAGAGGAUGCGCGUUUGCUUCAGCAAGCGCAGCAAACGUCGACCACAGAGGUGCAGAAAGUGGCCCAACGGUUGCACGAAGAUGCUGCAGGCGUGCGUGCUGCGGCGUCUGUCACCAAACAUGGUUCAGGCUGGCGUGCCCGUGUCAGGAACCAUGAGACAAGUGCUCCUACCAGAUCAUCUAAAGCAGUUGCUGAAGCUGAUGCCCGUCAGCUGCAGGCUGCGUUGGAGAUCUCGACUGAAGAGCUUCAGAUGGUGGCUCAGCGGCUGCAGCAGGAGGCUGCUGAUGCAGUCGCAAGGAGUAGCCGCGAAGCUCAGUUUGACGACGUCAUUUUGACUGAGAUGCGUGAUGCAUUGGGACUGCAGCGGCAGCAGAAGCGAGCCAGGCUGCGUGCGAAAAAUGUCGCGGAUGAUUUCGACCCUGAGCUGGCCUCGAAGAGUGUGCAGCUUUUGGUCUCUGCUUUUCAGGAUGUGGAAGCAUUAGCACCCCGCAGCGAAGGUGCGUGGAUGGUGGAAUUGGGCUUUCACACUAGACUCGAUUAUGGCUCUCGGCCCGCAUGGACAAGUGGCUUGGAGCGCGGCACGGCGCAUGCUGGCUUGAAGAAUUUAGGGAACAGCUGCUGGCUCAAUGCCGUGUUGCAGUGUUUUCGGUGGACUCGCUCGCUGCACAAUGCUUUCACUGCUCGGUUGAUGGAAUGCGAAGAAUCGAUUCUGGGAUCGUUGGUGCAAGAUGUUUUGCAGAAGCUUGCAAGCGACGACUGGGACUACGUUGCGCCAUUUGCUUUGCUCAAUCAACUGUAUGCAACCUACCAAGGAAGAUUUCGACCUGGUGAGAGCGCAGAUGCAGCAGAAGCCUGUCGCUUGCUGUUAGACCGGUGUGUCUACGGCAGUGAUAUUGUACAUGUACUGCCUACAUCCAUUGCACUCGCUCGGCGCGGCGUCACUCUCACGGAGUUGACGCGUGAGCAUUUUGCAACAUGCCGGCCGAGCAGUGAUGUUGUCAUUUUGGAAGUGCCGCCCGUCGAUGGCGGCCGGAUGAAUUGGUCGCAGUUGUUGGUGACACCGCCCGCUGGUGAGGGCAACAACUACCUCUACACCGUUUCCGGCUUUGUGGCGCAUGUCUCUGGAGAUCAUUUUGUGGCGUAUGUGCGCGCCCACAACCAAUGGCUACUAUGCAAUGAUGCAACGGUCAGUGUCGUCUCUGUUCUGGGACCUGUUUGGCCUUGUCUGAUUGUUUUGGAGAGAUUACGCCGGCAGCAGCUGGCGCGGCCUGCGCGCCAGGCGCCGCCUGCGGGCAGCGACUGCCUCCGUCGCUUGCCGCGGUUGUUGCAGGAAACUGUGGCGCCUGGGCCUGAUGCUCCUGGGCCGCGUGCGGCGGGAGCGCCGCCUGGGACUGCUGCUGCCAGGGCUGUUGGCUCGCGCCUUGGGCGCUUUGCAGCGGCGCUGCAGCGCAAGCGUCGAGAAGCCGGUCGCGCUCGUGCAGGUCAGCUCGGAUGGGAGCGUUCUAUUGCUCAUUGCAUCCAAUCGAGUAAGACCGAGAUUUGCCAACGAUGGGUUUCAUUGAUCUGA